AUGUCAUCCUCCUCCUCUGCCAGCACAAGCGCCCUUGUCGGAGAACUCAGUUCUCGUGUCGCCUCUUCCUCCAAACAACGAAUGUAUCAUCAUCAAAAAGAAGCAGAAGAAUUGGAAACAGUUUUACCUCUCUCCGAGUCACCACCUCUGAAUUCUUCUUCUGUUCCGACCAUUCAUUCUCCUUCAUUAUCACUCAACAAACAUCAUCACCACCAACAUGAUCAACAAUUUCUGUCACGAGAAGCCUCUAAAAUCCAAGUGUUAUUUGCAAUUAUAUUCUUUAUUGUCACUUCGAUAUCUUCAUUAUUUUUCUCAAAAUAUUUAAUGGAUAUUGGAGAAUAUACAUUUCCAUUUCCAUUAACCAUGACUUGGUUUCAUUUACUAGUUGCACUUAUUUGCAUUCUUUGUACUUAUAGUCUCAAUAGAACCUUUUGUUUUAGCUUUUUACCAGAUUUUGAAUUUAAAAUAGAAACAGCCAUUCAAAUCAUGCCUGUUUCUCUUUUAUACGUAGGAAUGGUUACUUUCAAUAAUUUAUGUUUAGAUUAUUCAGACAUUCACGUUUAUCAUACAGCACGAAGUAUUAGCAUUUGUUUUACUGCACUUUUCACAUUUGUUCUAUUAGGUGAACAAAUUUCAAAAAGAAUUAUUUUUGCUUGUUUUAUCAUUGCGAUUGGAUAUUUUAUGGCAGGAAUUAAGGAAACACAAUUGUCAAAAAUUAAUCUUGUUGGAUUUGCAUUUGGAUUAGUAUCGAGCUGUUUUAUGGCGUUAUAUUCCAUCUAUUUGAAAAAGAUCAUGUCAUCCACUCAGAAAAACCAUUGGAUUAUUCUAAUUUAUAAUACCAUUGGAGCUAUUUUGUUUUUAUUUCCAAUUUGUGUCAUGACUGGAGAGUUUGAGAAGGCAUCUGCUGUUCCAUUCUUAUUUGAACCUAAAUUCUUGAUUGUUUUGAUUGGAACUGGAUUGAUUGCAUUUGUGGUGAAUAUCUCAAAUUUUGUACUCAUUUCGAGAACUUCACCCUUAUCGACUUCGGUGAUUGUGACAUUGAAAUCCGUGAUUGAAAGCGUGUUGUCUAUAUCUCUUCAUAGCAGUGAUGGCCAUCAUCAGUUUUUCACAGCCUACAAUGUUGCAUCAACGAUAUUCACCUUACUUGGAAGCUACUUGUUCACUCUUUUCAAAUUGCAAGAUGAAAGGAAAAGGAACGAAGAAUCACUUCUUGAAUAA